AUGCCUUCGCAACGCCGGGUCAAGGUCUUUGCCCUGUUGGCAGUUCUAGCCGUCCUGAGUUUCAUCUAUCUCUCUUCAGCUGCCGCAUCGACGCGAUCAAGUCCCUUCUAUACAAACACAGCAUCAGCCUUGAACGCAAAGCACCAGGAAGCUCUGGACCAGGAGAACCAUCAGAUCAUCCACGAAGCAGCUGAGAAGGCCGAGAAAGAGAAGGAAGCCGCCAACCUCCGUGAUCCCGAUCUUGCUGCCGUUCCCGGCCAGAAGGUUGGAAAGGACCAGAAGCCGUUUGCUGUAGACGUCGAGGAGGCCGCCGAGAAAGCCCAAAAGGUCGCCGAUAGCGUAAAGGAGGGUGCCAAAGAUGCUGUUCAUGGAGUUGUCGAUACUGGCGACAAGAGCGUUGCUGGCAGGAAGAUGAUCAAGGGAGAGAAGGGCCUGAAGGACGACGGUGUGGCAAAGGUUGGAAACACAGGAUCACAACCUCCACAGGCCGCAGAUGCCGACGAGUCCGAGGAAGAACACAAGGUCGAGGUUGAACUGAACUCCAUCUUGAAGAAGAGCCCGAGUACGUCUAGACUAUACGAGUCACAUGUAUGUUUGCUAACGGGUGCAUAUNNAGUUGUCAUUUUCUCCAAAAGCUACUGCCCCUACUCGAAGAAGGCAAAGGCUAUCUUGCUUGAACAGUACAACAUCGUGCCUGCCNNCCCCUACGUUGAAGAGCUCGACCUUCAUCCUCUGGGCCCUCAGUUGCAAGCGGCGCUUCUGAAGACAACAGGCAGACGUACAGUCCCUAACGUCUUGAUCAAUGGAAAGAGCAUCGGUGGAGGCGACGAUAUUGCAAGCCUGCACCAGGAUGAUAAGCUGAUCCAGCAGAUCAAGGACUUGGGUGGCAAGCGCAUUAUGGAGGUGUCAAAGGCCGAGCCAAAGGCAGCCGUCAACUUCAGAAGCUAG